AUGGCUCAAAUCCCUCCUUACAAAAUAUGUUUUGUACUCAAAAGCAAAGAAGAAGAGGAAGAAGAUGAGAAAAUCUACAAGAGAUGCAGCGAAAUUGCUGCAGCUACACUUCCCACAACUGAAGGUUGGACGGGUAAACCAAUGUUCCAGUACCAAGGCGUUUGGUACAACUCUGGAUUGCAUGGUAUUGGGCCAUUGGCAGUUCAAGAUCACUUCAAGGCAAGACCCAGUGACAUUCUUCUUGCCAGCAUCCCCAAGAGUGGAACAACUUGGCUGAAAUCACUAGCCUUUGCUGUCAUCAGUCGCAAAUCUAAUCCUCCUUCAGCUCAGCAGCAGCACCCUUUGCACAUAUUCAACUCGCAUGAUCUCGUGCCAGGGCUGGAGACGUUGCUAUAUAACAACUUGUUGAAUGGUAAUCGAAUUCCUAACCUCGAUGUCCUUCCAUCACCGCGAUUGUUUAGCACACACAUGCCUUACCCAUCACUACCACAAUCUGUAGCACUUUCAGGCUCUCGGAUUAUUUAUAUUUGUAGGAACACUAAGGAUAACCUAGUAUCUUGGUGGCAUUUUCUCAACAAAAUAAGGACUGAUCUUUCCUUGGAGCCUAUGAAAUUGGAAGAUUUCUUUGAGUUGUUUUGCAAAGGGAUGACUGCAUUCGGGCCAUUUUGGGAUCAUGUAAUGGGUUAUUGGAGAGAGAGCUUAGAGAGGCCUCAAAAUAUGCUAUUCCUCAAGUACGACGAGAUGGUGGCUGAACCAGCUAUUCACUUAAAAAGGAUUGCAGAGUUUAUGGGAUGUCCCUUCUCCUCAGUGGAAGAGAAGGAAGGAUUGGUUGAUGAAAUAAUAAAGCUCUGCAGUUACGAGAAUUUAAGCAAUUUGGCAGUGAAUAAAACAGAAAAAAAUGCUUCUGGUCUUCCGAAUAGUAGCUACUUCAGGCAAGGUAAUGUUGGAGAUUCGGCAAAUUACCUCUCACCUGAGAUGUUGGAGCAGCUUGACCGCAUCACAGAGCAAAAAUUUCAAGGUUCGGGCUUAAAGCUCUAA